AUGGACGGAGACGAGUGCGCCACUUGUGGCUCGACAGACUUCCAUGACGAAGACGGGAGGAUUUUCUGUCACAACGGGCAUGAUCAAGGCCACGGUCUAACCACCGCAGAGGAUGACGCCGAUUUCGGCAGGCAGGGGACCAUCGUGAGGAAGAAAGUGGACAAGGAGAAGCAGAAGGCGUCGAGGGUGCUUCGAGGAACCAAAGCGUUCCAACUCUUUCUCCAGUCCUGGCAGUUUAUCUUGUGGAAGCAAUGUCACGCCCUUGUUCACCAGAAAGGCCUCCCGGCGGAACUAUGGAGUGUGGUGCGGGACAUGUGGACGUUAUGGGUCUCGAGACUAGAGCAUCGGCUGCUGCAAGAUCCCACGACUGCUGCUGUCGAUGAGCUUACAGACACGAACGCCGACAAGGCCGGUACUACCGCAAGCUCUGGCGAUGAAAGCGAUAUGGACCCCGGCACUUCCGUGCAGAAGCAGCUACAGAAGAACGAGGAGAAGGAGAGGGACUUGGCGCAUGACUAUCCAAAGCUCAUCGACACCAUUGCCCUGGCAUAUAUGGGAAUCAUCAUGCUCAGAAGGCCCGUCGGACAGGCCACAUUUUUAAGAUGGAUCCUCGAAGAAGACAUCCCGUUCAUCCGCGCAAUCCGGCACGUACCCCAGGAGAUGAAGGACCGCCUUCCGGGCGAGUACCAUCAGUCUCUGGACACGACAAUGCGGCUCCCUGGGCCAGAUGACCUACAGAAGGCAAUCUACCACCGAGCGAGAUGGUUUAACAUCUCGUUCGGCAUGGUCUUGCCAUCGAUCAACCAGAAUCUUUUGCUCCUGUACUACGUGCGCCGUCUAGCUCUCCCGUUGGAGGUGUACACUACGGUGCGCCGCUUGAACACAAUUACCAGAUAUGAGUUCACCUAUCCUGACAUGACGAAACCGCUCGAGACCACACGACGUCAGCCAACCACGUACCCUGAAAGCCAGUUGAUGUCGCUCGUCGUCGUUGCCACGAAGCUCCUUUUCCCGUUCGACGCAGAAACCGUCAAGCGUUACCCGAAAGACGCCAACGACUUCAACACUCUGCGCAUAGACUGGCCGUCCUGGCUUGAAGCUAAAACUGGGUUCGACAAGGAUAUCGCCACUGCACGGGACAUGAAUGGCCUGAAACCCGGAUCCGAGAUCCUCGUCACGGAUAGCGAUAUCCUCGGCAUGACGGACGACCAACUCGACCACUUCAUGAGCUGGUAUCAAAGGACGUGGAUCAAGAACAGUGCGCCAUCCCAACAUACGCAGGUCCAGGAUGGUGGCAGCGGCAGCAUGGACAGGGAGAUCCUCGAGAUGUUUCCUCUUCCCGACGUCCCGGAACGGAGGGGAAGCCGUGAACAGAACGAGAGACUCCAGGCCGCGGAGGACGCGCGGCUCACCGACCGCAUCAAGCAGGUUCAACGCUCUCUGGGUUCUCGACGGGCUAUCUCGGAGGAAGACGAACUCGAGCAAGGUCUCGACGUCAUGCGCCCAGGUGCACGGUACCCUCGCUUUGCGAAGGUUGAGGAUCUUGACGGCGCAGCAGAGAGUAUGGUCGCGAUCGGUCAUGUGGCCAGGACUUUCCAUGAGGAAGCCGCACAGACGGCUUGUUUGAGCUUGAAGGCCCUCGUGGCGGCGGUUAAUCGUACGGAGGAGAAGAUUGAGCUAUGGCUCGUAGCUAAAAGACGGGAGGACAUCUUUGGCGAUGAUGGGUCCGACAGCAGCGAUAUCGAUGAGGACAUCGCAGCCGUUCCGGGGACCAGUCCUCCCGGGAAAUUGGCCAAGGAAUUCAAUGGGCUGGGACUCGGGCUGUCGCCACAUGUCGAGGACGAUGCUGAGAAUGUUGAUGUGCAAAUGCUCCCGGAAUGA